AUGGGAGUAAGUAUUGAUGAUAAAGAACUGGCAAUGAUACUCCUAGCGAGUUUGGCUGAGAAGUUCAAACCGUUAAUAACUGCCCUUGAUGCCGUUGGUGACAAGAAUGUAUCUUAUGAAAAGGUGAAAAACAUGCUUCUAAAUUAUAUUGACCGUAGUAGUGAUGCAAAGGGUUCUGAUGAUGCAUUUGCUGCCAGUCGUGUCUGGAAUAAGAAAGGACAACAUAAUGGCAACUGCAAUAAAGAGAAGAAAAGAGUAUUUAAGGGCAAGUGCCAUAAUUGUCAGGAAAGGGUACAUUAUGCCCGAGACUGCCCAAAGAGAAAUGCUGACAGUGCAAAUCGAAAAGAAAGCAAGGGAUCAGCUCGCUGUGCUGAAAAGGAUGAUGGUGAUUUUAUUACUGAGGACGAAGCAUUGUUUACUUCUGAUCUAUUACAUAAUUCUGGAUGGAUUAUUGAUUCUGGAGCUACACAACUCAUGACAUUUGACAAGAGUAAUUUAUCAGAUUAUGUAGAGUUCAAGCAACCGUGUAUUAUUAAUCUCGGGGACAAUCGUUCUAUAUUAGCUUAUGGUAUGGGAACAUGUCGUAUUGUUGCUGAUCUUGGAGACCAUAUAUCGUAUUGUUGCUGA